AAUGACAAUUGACGUUACAGUCAGUCUGUCUGCUGGCAUCUGGCGAUAUCGUAGAAUGUUUAUUGUUUUGCUUCACUGACUAUUCCAACUGAACUAUAUUCUAUUUAAUUUCGUUACUUAUACUACCAUUAAAAUGGAAAGAAAUCAGCAUAAAACUAAAAACUAUUAUGACAGGGUUAUGCCGCGCGUUAACAGUAUAUCUCGUUCAAGUUUAAAAUCAAAUCCAAACAUUACCCGCCACGACACUUCUUCCGUACGUCUCGGCGGCAAAGCAAGUAUUUCAAACUUGAGUUCCGGUGUAAUAAGUGAACUUCCAACGGUAUUGCGUGACUACAUUCCUGAAAAUGUAAAGCCCAAAAAGAUCAUACACAGUACGAAACCCAAAAGAACUCUGCAGUCUUUAGAUUUGAAAAAGUCUUCUCUUCAAAUAAAAAAUGUGAAAAGUGCUAAAAAUCUUCACGCUCAAUCUUCGGCACCAGCGAUUCUGAAUUUGGAUGAAGUAGACUUAUCAUCAAGUCUAAGUCAUGUCAGACAAUGUUAUUCAAGUCGGUCCCACACCAGAUUAAAAGAAUUAAAGGAGGAAAUAAAAGAAUAUGGGAAUAUACAAAAGACUAAAAACUUCUGUGGUCGGCUAUACCAAUCAUGUGGAGUAUUGCUAAAUGAAGAAGGAAAAGUAGCAGCUGACAAGGCCGUUCAGGUUGAGAAAAUAGAUGAAUCCUCACCAUCGCAAAGCUUCCAGGAAGACGUUAUCAGUACAAUUCCAAAUUGGUCGAGGGCUGACCACGUGACCUUGAAGGCAGCUGCCUCGGCAGAUGUGCGCAACGGACGUCACACCAACGUCAAUAUUAUACAUAAUAUAAAUAUUUAGAUUUUGUUUCCAAUAUUUAACGCUUCAAAAGCUUUAUUUUAGUAACGGUAUACGCUGAGCUUACGUAAGACUAAUAAAUAACGAUGCUUGCUAAGUGUUGUAAUUUGUUUUGUUAAUUUUUAUAGAUUAUUUUAAAAAUUAAAGUCAAAAAUCAUUUAUUCAUAUAGGUAAAAUAAGUUGUACUCUU